CUCCUAGGCACCUGAUCCCACCUCUGGUGUGUCCAGGGGUCCGUGUUUGCCCAACUAUCUAUUUGGUAUUGUUUAUAGGAGUUAUGAGCUUGAUCAGUGUUCGUUAUCUUCACCUUGCAUAUGUUAUUUUAUAUAUAUAUAUAUAUAUAUAUAUAUAUAUAUAUAUAGGUAAUCAAUAACGUGUAAGGAUGAAACAACCACCACUGAUCGCAUGGAUUAUGCUUACUCUUCCCAUUUAAUGACAUCUUUAUUUCUAUUUCACAUCAUACGUGUUCCACUGUCCAUUCUGAUUGUGUGAUACUAACCAUUAGGAAUCUGUUUCAUAUUAAAGUGCCCAUUUUUCAGUAAAUUACUGUGAACAUUUUCAUACCUGAUGUUUUCAUCUGAUGCGAAUGUUAUAGCAUAUAUUGUUUUUCUUCUCUUACUAGUACAUUUGUAUUUAUCACCCUGUACAAAUUUGCCCAGAGGACGUACAAGUCUAGGGGGCUGAACCAUUAAUACAAUAAAUCUAAACUAUCCUGUCUGUGAUAUCAAUGUAGGAUUAAAUGAAAUGAAUACUGUAAAUGUAUUACAUUUGGCUGUGUAUUUUAUUUAGCGCCUUUGGCGCAACGCAGCUUCCGCUAAAUCAAGUACAUCGCUAAAUGCCAUCCGUAAAUCUAGAUGUUUAAAGUAAUUCAGGAAUGCACUAAAUCAAAUCUACGCUAACUUGUUGAAAAAACGAUUUCCGCCAAAUAUCGUACACGCCAAAUAUAAUACGUUUACAGUAUUUCCUAUGUACAUUUUUUCUUAAGUUUAAUUAUGUUAUGGGUCCUGUUUUGUUGGGGCAUGAAGAUAGUGAAAUCUGUAAACCAUUCUGUCUCCAGUGAAAUCUGUAAACUAUUCUCUCUCCAGUGAAAUCUGUAAAGUAUUCAGUCUCCAGUGAAAUCUGUAAAGUAUUCAGUGUCCAGUGAAAUCUGCAAACUAUUCAGUCUCCAGUGAAAUCUGUAAAGUAUUCUGUGAGAUAGUGAAAUCUGUAAAGAAUUCUGUGAGAUAGUGAAAUCUGUAAAGUAUUCUGUGAGAUAGUGAAAUCUGUAAACUAUUCUUUGAGAUAGGUCCUCAAUACCCCUCGGGAUCCGGGUUAAAAUCGAUCCUCAGUACCCCAACCCUCCAGAUCUGGGUUAGAUUAGGUCCUCAGUACCUCUUGCUUGUCGUACGAGGUGGUCAAAUGGGGUGGUCCUUCGUAUAAAACCGCAAAACCGAGACCCUGUGUCAAAGCAUUUGUGGCACGAUAAAGAUCCCCCCUGCUCAAAGUCCGUAAGCGCCGAGCAUAGGCCUAAAUUUAGCAGCCUUUCACCUGCAAUGGUGAUGUCUCCAUAUGAGUGAAAAAUUGUCGAGAGGGACGUUAAACAAUAUACAUUCAAUCAAUUCCACUGAGAAUAAUGUUACAACACGUUUAAAUAAUCAUCGGAUUUGAAGUGGUAAAAUCUUGACUUUGAUAGAGAAAUAGGAAAUUUUGUGAUAAUGAAAUUUUUUUUAUUUUUAAAAUAGGUAGUUUAUGUUGAGAGAAAAAAAUUAAUUUAUAUAUGAUACAGAAAUAAACAAAUCGAUAAUCAAAUAACGAUUGUCCUCUAAACAUCGGCAUAGCAUGAAAUAUUUUCUUAUCUCACCUUGAACCGUGUAUGAUAUAGCCUAACACUACUGAUAAAUGUAUGUGUGAAAGAAGCCAGUUUGUCAUCUGUUCUUGUCUCGAAUCUCCUAGGGCUUUAACAUGAAGUUGACACUAACAUUAUGUUCUACACUAUUCCUUCACUGCCUUGGAUACUGUUUUGGAAUUCUACUUAAUGAUCCUCAGUUGUAUGAACAGAGGUUACAACAGCUGGAGUCGAUAGUCCAUCAACAGAGUUCGAAGAUAUCUGAUCUGGAGUCCAAAUUAGCAAAUGCACCCAGUAUCACUAACCCUGUGUAUUUCACGGCCUACUCCAGGCAGACCCUAAAGCCGGCCGGUCAUCAGAACAUCGCCUAUGACACUGUUUAUCACGAUUCCCACAAUGCCUAUGAUAGUAGUACUGGAUUUUUCACUGCUCCCAUCCAGGGGCUAUAUGUUUUUGCGUGGACCACAGAAAUACUGCAUGGUUACAUUUUUGACAGUGAAAUUCUGCUGAAUGGUGCUUCACGACAACGUAAUGGCUGCGAUAUGGUUGGCGCUACCCGAGGUUACACCACAUGUACCGGAGUCGUUCCUUUGGAACUUAAAGUUGGCGAUGUUGUUAAUAUCCGUUCAGUCUCCAGUAAUUAUGUUUUGGGAAAUGGGUGGUCCUCGUUCACUGGAUGGCUUGUUAGAUAAAGAUAACAUAACAAAGAUUACAUAUUCUAGUAGUUGUCGUUUUUAUGUGGCUUUAGAAUAUUUGGUUGGAACAAUGCUGCAUAAUGUUUUCUUUGAAGAGGAGUUUUGCUGACAAUCUACUUUCCUCUUUGUACAGUACGUUUUAUGAAAUGAAUUUUUGCUACUGAAAUAUAUCAGGGGCCUGGACACGAUUUGAUCGGAAUUUUUUCAAAUUAUAUAUAGAAUGCUUAAUAGAAAAUAUCAUGUUUUUAAAAAACAAAAUGAGGUGUGACAAACACUAGAAACUGUUUAAUGUUGUUCAGAAUUAAGUUGUAAAUUGAAAAGGCAAUGAACUUUUACUAGAAUGUUUAAUCUUUGUAAACAAAAACAUGGCAAGAGCCUUGUUUACAUAACAAAGAAUUAUGAGCUCUGUAUAUCUCACGUAACUCGACAACUGAUAUUCAAAUGUUAGUAUACCAUUAGAAAUACCUUAGUUAAUUUGUAAAUAUUAAAAAUGAAAAAAUACUGUUUGCUACUGGCAAUACAAAGCAUUUUCAUUUUUUCAAAAAGAUGUUAACUAAUGUUAGAGAGUAUCAUCAUUGAAUGUCAUAAUCCCACCCUCUGAGGGGGGCUGCCCCUCAGUUGAAGAUCAAGAGGAUACUUUCAUGGACUAUUAAUAAUUGUUUGUCCUCUUGUAUAUGUGAGCCUUUCAAUUAAUUCUAACAUUGCUAUCACCAAUAGCUACAUUUUUGUACAAUAUGAUUACAAUGUAUAAACCUAUAAAUAUUUUUUUGAAUAUGUGUGUUGCAUCAUACAUGCCCCUUUAAUGCUUUAGUAAUUCAAAUUUGAAUUAUAAAGUAAUUGUAAAUCCGAUUUCUUUGCAGUUGGACAAUAUGAUACAAAUAUGGCGACAGUUGUAUUUAAUUCCAUAACAACAUACAGCGUCACACUAUCUGGUCAUUUCCGAAAAAUGAUUGUGGGUUUUGACUCAACCAGUUAACCUAAUCUAUACUUACUUAAUUCUAGUUAUAUAUAUAAUGGUACUUUACAAUCACCUACUAUUCAACGUUUAUCAUUCACCUUUGGCUAAAAUAGAAACUAGAUAAUAAUAACAAAGUAUAUUGUUAUCAUUUAUAGUUGUUACAAUUUUGUUUCUGAAGACAUUCUGCGUUUCAUUAACUGCUACACAUUCUUGAUAUAGUAAAAAAAACAAAAAAACUCAAAUAGGUCCGAAAUUAACAUCUCAAAUUUGCCUCAUAAAUUAUUUUAAAUUCUUCACGAUCCACUCAAUGCUCUCGGGGGCACCUGUCACGACGUUAAAGUAUAGUUGUAAAGAAGUGAAUGGUGUGUUUAAGUUGUAAUGCUGGUGCACGUACCUACUUUUCGGGUGGCGACAGCUUUGAGAUAUUCUAUAUAACGGAAGUACAGGGAGUCCCAUGCGACGUUUACGAUGUCCGGCAUCAUUAUAACCCUGUCGGUAUUUGCGGCAUUUGUGGUUCUUUUCCGACAAAAUGAGGGACACAUGAUUCAGAAAAGGUAACUUUCUAGUUGUCAAUAUAUAUCUAAUUAUAUAAUUAAUUAUUAUCUAAUUUUAGACAGAUAUAUUCAUGUAAGUAUUGCACAAUUACUGACCAUCGAAACUUAAAUAAAAGGAGAGAAAACAAAGAAAAUCGUUCUCUUUUUUAUUUCAACGGUAAUGAGUUUUUCUUCUUUUGGUUUGUGAACCUAUUGGUAAAUAAACAUUGACUUUACAUUAUCCCCCAAAUGUAAAGAAGAUUCUUAGUUUCAUGUAUGUCACGUAGGAGCUGCAAUAUCCACAAUGGUAUCUACUACUACCGAUGUACUAACUACCAUCAGGAGAAGUACCACAUCUACGAGUCCUGUGGACUGUUUGGCUGGGCAAGAUGUAGACGAUCAAGAUACAGAUCCCGAGCUAACUAUGCCACGUGUACAAGAUCCUGCCAGGUGAAUGGCGGUUGGAAUUCCUGGCACCCGUGGAGUACGUGGGAGGCAUGCAGUCGAGAUUGCGGGGGAGGAAUUCGUCUGCGGUAUGCCAUUCGUUACUGUAACAACCCAACACCCAAAAACGGCGGUAAAUCCUGCCCAGGAUCGUAUAACAGGAGUGCCAGUGAGAAAUGUAACGUUCAACCUUGUCCUGUGAAUGGUAGCUGGGGUACAUGGCAGUCUUGGAGUAAAUGGGGGGAGUGUAGUACGAGCUGCGGAGAGGGAACACGAACCAAGACCAGAAAGCGUUACUGCAACAACCCAACUCCUAAACAUGGCGGAAAGGCGUGUCGUGGUCGUAAUUCGAAGCGAGUGAGUGAGAAGUGUGCGAUAGUGCAAUACUGUUCAGUAAACGGAGGCUGGAGCAGUUACGGUUCCUGGGGCACUUUUGGUCCAUGUACAAAGACUUGUGGGGGCGGUUCCCAAACCAGAUAUAGAUACAGAGAAUGCAACAACCCCAAACCGCAACAUGGUGGACGGCAUUGUUCUGGGACAUCAGUUUUAUCACACACUACGCCAUGCAAUACUAGUCCAUGUCAAGGAAAUGCUGGCAAUGAAACCAGUCUCCAUGGCAAUGAAACUGAGAACAACAAUUUGACUAAAGAUGGAGGGGGCCUGGAUAAUUCACCAGGCUUUGGGAACGAAACAGUCAAUAAUAAUUCGAACCAAACAUCCAGCAGUCUUCACAGCGGCCAGGAUUUCAAUCGUACCGAAGCUGCAAAAACUGAAGACGUGUUGGAUACUACAACAAUGACUACACCCUGAAACAGUUCAGAUUCCGUACCAAGUACGUGCUGAACGCAGAGCUCAAUAAAUUCUGGUGUCGAUAA